CUUUAACGCAAACUUCACUUCUCUUCUCUGUUGUCAGCCGUUGUUGUUUCUAUGGGAGGCGGGACGCUUAAAAACAACAGUCGGUGUAAUAAAUAAGUUCUCGUUUUAAUCAUAAAACACUUUUCCAACACAACACAUUUUAAAGAUUGACGUCUCACAUACCUUAUUACUUUGUCGUGUCGUGUCAUGAGGCUGCGACAGUCAGGUAACGUUAUUUAACCUGAUAUAACCGAAUUUGUCUUCUUGCUUUGUCCAGCUGUCAUCGCUUAGCGCCUUAUCCGUUAAUUCUUUCCUUGAGCUUCUGAGUUCUUGUCCUGACGCUUGACUGCUAACGUUAAUUAUCCACAUUUCCAGCGUUGAAGAAACGUAAAGAAUUCACACCUCACAUGACAAGUCGGUAGGACGGUUAAAAGUUAGAUUUUUAGGUUUGUCGAGAUGCCACCUAAGAAACCAAAGGACGCCACGGCGAACAUCUCCAGCUCCAUCGAGUCUGAGGACAUCAGUCUGGAGACAACAGUCCCCACUGAGGACAUAUCGUCUUCGGAUGAGAAGGAUGGCGCAGGGAAGGUCACAAAACAGCUCCUGGAAAGAAAAGAGCUGCUUCACAACCUUCAAAAACUCAAGAUAGAGCUGUCACAGAAAAAUCUGCUCAUAGACAACCUCAAGGUGGACCACCUUACUAAGAUAGAAGAGCUGGAGGAAAGGCUGAAUGAUGCUCUCCAUCAGAAACAGGUGCUCGCUCUGCGUCUGGACAGCCAGCUCAAACUACAGCAGGAUGAAAACAGGAAGCAACAAGCCUUGAGGAAACAGGAGAUGGACACCAUCAUGCUCAGACAGAAGCAGCUGGAAGAGACAAACCGUCAGCUGUGUGAUCGUGCAGGUGAUCUUCGCAGGAGCCUGAGGGAUCUGGAGCUAUCUGAGGAGAAAUACUCUGAGCUGAAGGAACUGCCUGAGGACAAACUCACCAUCCCUGAAUAUGUAGCGAUUCAGUUCUACGAGGUUGUAAACCCUCUGAGGGCUCUUGUGACUGAGCUGCAAGUGAAAAAGUCUAACCUGAAUGAGGACCUGGACAGUCAUCGUAACCAAAUUAGAUCACUAAUGGAGAGCUAUGAGGAUGAGAGGAGAGCGCGCUCAGAGCUGGAGAUCCGCUGUCAGAGACUCACGCUGGAACUUGCUGACACCAAGCAGCUUAUUCAGGAAGGAGACUACAAACGAGAGAACUAUGACAAAAUCAGACGAGAGAGAGAUGGGUAUGAAACAGAGGUAAGAGAGUUGAGGAAGAAGGUGGAAAUGCUGGACCUAACACACACUGCCCUGACCAAAGAGAGGAAUGACCUAAAUAAGGAGGUAGCCACUCUACAUCAGUCUGUAACACUGAUGCAGAAGGACAAAGAAUAUUUAAACAGGCAAAACAUGGAGCUUAAUGUGCGCUGUGCUCAUCAAGAAGACCGUCUGGACAGACUGCAGACCCAGCUUGAAGACACAAAGAAGGCCAGGGAAGAUGCUUAUGAAAAAUAUGUUGCUUCUAGAGAUCACUAUAAGACAGAAUAUGAAAACAAACUGCAUGAUGAACUGGAGCGCAUUCGAAUGAAGACCAGUCAUGAAAUCGAGAGCCUGCAGAGGGCAUCUAAAGAGAUGUAUGAGAGAGAGAACAGAAACCUUCGUGAAACCCGAGAUAAUGCUGUCAUUGAGAAAGACAGAGCACUGAAUGCAGAAAGAGAUGCCCAAGCCAAAUAUGAUCAACUCUUAGACCAGUUCAGGCAGUUGCAGCUGAGUUCAGACAGCAGGGUGGCAGAACUGCUUAACCAGGUGAAGCUGAAAAAGUUUGAGUUGGAGCGUUCCCAGAUGGUCCAGGAGGAGACAGCCAGGAAUCUCAGCCUUUGUCAAAUUGAGUGUGAGAAACACCAGAAAAAAUUGGAGGUUUUAACAAAAGAGUUUUAUGGACUACAGACAUCAUCAGAGAAGCGCAUCACUGAAUUACAGGCCCACAAUUCUGAACAGCAAGCACGACUGGAGACAUACGAGCGAUUGGAAAAGGAGCUGGACGAUGUUACAAUGCAGGCUGCAGAGAUGGAAAACGAAGAUGAGGCAGAGCGAGUGCUGUUUUCAUAUGGUUAUGGUGCAAACAUUCCAACAACUGCCAAAAGAAGACUGAAGCAAAGUGUUCACUUGGCACGCAGGGUUCUGCAGCUGGAGAAACAGAACACACUGCUUAGGAGAGACCUGGAAAGACAGACGGCGCACAGCAGUCAGAUCUCUGAAGAGUUGGAGGCGGCCAACCAGCUUCUUCAGCAGGCCCAGCAGCCGCACAGCUACCUGAUUGAGACCGUGCGACAGAGAGACACUCAGAUCCAAACACUGAAAGAACGUCUCACGCGAUUAGAAGAGGAAGUAAGUGCGUUAAGGAAAGAGAAGAUUACACUACUGCAGGUGAAAAACAACAUGGCUGCAGAUUUGGAGAGACUUCUGAACCACAGAGAGGAACUUUCUGUGAUGAAGCAAGUCCUGAUUAGCAUGCGCUCACAGCAGCACGGCGGGCCUCUGUCUGCGUCCCUACCUGAGCUUGAGACCGACGGCACCGGUACAGCAGUUCACAGAUCCAAAACUUUAAAAAACACAGAUGAGGAGCAAUACAACUAUGGUCCCAAACCCACAGUGUUUACCAAUAAAGACGUUCCAGAAUGGUACGGAAAGCUCAAACGGAAAACUAAAUAAAGACUUGUCCAACUUGUUUAAAGACUGUAGGAUGCUCUGUGUCAUGCAAUCAUGGAUGAAAGUCUGUUUUAAUAGACCUAUUACAUAACAAGUUACACAGGUUUGAUGUGUAGCCGUGAAGAAUGUGAACUUCAAACUAUGAAUUUUCUUUUUAAUGGUAAUAAAUCAAUCAAACAGGCGUGUGAAUGUGUUUUUAAAGUAGGCCUGCUUCAGAUUGUAUAAGCAACACAUAGCUACUAAAUAGUUGAAUAUAAGCAUUUUACUCAUUGAGAUACCUCAAUAUCUGAACGUAUCGUUUGAUGGUAAUGAGAUCUGGAUCCUUCCGU